AUGGUAACCGCUUCGUGUAUCGACCAAAAUCAACCAUUUGAGUGUCCGCUAAAUGAAAGUUACUAUAAAUGUUCUCUGGAGAGUGUUAAACCUACUGGAGAGAGUAUAAAUACGCUGGCUAAAUAUUGGGACAGGCCAAUAGUGGCAAAUGCUGUAACAAUGAAGAUGUAUUCAUAUCCAUUACUACCUAUGUUGGUAGUAGCGUCAUCGGCCACGGUAACCGGUUCACCCUUCGACGAGGACCGACCAUUUAAUUGCCCCGCAAAUGAGAAAUUCUACAAAUGUUCGUCGGAAGUAUGCUACAAAACAUGCAAUCAUCUAGAGCUGCCUCCACCUUGCACUUUAAUUUCUCCCAGCUGUUAUGAGCCGGCGUGUGAAUGCGUCGAUGGUUAUUUAAGAAACUCCAAUGGCACGUGUAUCCCUAGCAAGAAUUGUUCUUCAGUGGAAAGUGUAAGCGUUUCAUCCGUUGUGAAGCACAGAGCAUUUGCUUCGUCAGCAAUUGGAACCGUUCCACCUGUCGAUGAAAACCAAAGAUUUGAAUGCCCCGAAAACGAGAAAUACUACAAAUGUGGCUUCGAAGUCAAC